UUUACACUUCUGUGUUUAAGUUCAAAUCCUAUGACCUUGAUGUCACCUUAGGUCACCUUUAUUAUUCCACUUAUCUCAACCUAUAUUGUCUACACUACAACCUAUUAUUAUUAUUACUAUUCUGCUUUUAUGACUACACCGAAUGACCAACGGGAGUUAGGUCAAACUCCAUUCACGACAGCAAUACAGUCCUAACAUACUGCAUACUACAAACCACAUCUUGACCAAUCCCCGCACCAGUCCUCUUAGAGUCUACCAGAGCUAAAGCAGUCGAGUGGUGGGACUUACUACGCAGAAGCUCAUCAAAGAUCUGGAACCUCUACCUCACAAUCAAGAAGCGAGCUCAAAGAAAUCACUGGUUUAUACUAGCUCGUAAUCAGGAUAUUGGAUACUGAUGUCAGGAUAGUGGUUACAACCCUACAGAAUGCAUUUUAAAAAUUGUUUCGCACGUUGCAACCAGUAACAUAUACGGUGACUUCCAGAUUCACAGAAAGUGUAUGGAUAUUGGACAAAUAUCUUGUUUGUGACACUGGAUCACUAAUGUUAAUGGAUUUAUUUCUCUUGGAUUUAUCUGUUUGGGAUGUCCAUCUAUCCAGUUCACUGAGCAUACAAAAAUUAUGGGCUAUCGUCAAGUUUGCUAACUUUAAACCUUUUGAGUUAUUUCAUGAGCCAAAAUAUAUCGAGCCAUACCAACCUUAUAGGGUAUUAGGAUUAAAGAGUGCAGUUACCAGUCCAAUUAGUGAAUCCAAAAUGGCACCGAAUGCGAUCCACUUUCGAACUAAACCGCAAACUAAUUUAAAUGCAUAACCAAUUUAAACUUGUUUAUGAGUUAGUCAAGAAUUUCAUAGUCUUUCAUUAUUUGUAAUGUAUUUGUAUUUUUGAAUGCGAACUAGGAUCAUUGCAUUUUUUCGGUACAAUGCAAUAAAUCAGCUUUAUUCCAGUGUGACGUGGAUGAGCUCAGUCAUCUGCUGAUGUCCGGCACACCUCUCUACUUAGUCUUCGGUGAUAAAUCCAUUAUGAGUAUCCAGACAAACCAUCGGACUUUUAUUGGAUUAUGUGUUAUAUCUUUGGAGGACUUCGCGUAUCUGUUUAAUAACCCUAGGUCAGCUCACCAUGCAAAUGGCAAUUCACAGAUUAAAGGCUGGUAUCCUAUACUCAAUGUGUCAGGGCAUGUUAUUGGUAAUGUCCGCCUACGUGUUUUUUUGAGGCAUGUUCAACCAGAAAAUUCCAACCAGUCUGCAUUGAAUACAACUUAUGUUAGUACGGAUUUAUCAAAGCACUUUCCUUCAAUAAACUGUAAAAACUGUAAUAUGAGUAGUGUUUCACUUUUGCACGAUCACGAAGUCCAAGUAUCCAAACAACAGUCUGAACGUUCAACUCAAACUGAAUACGACACGAAAGAAGUGUUUCGUCCAUCUUCUCCCAGCAUUAAAAUACAUUUGUAUAAUGAACUAAACGAAACUGCAAAAACAACAGAGUAUUAUAUGAAUCGGAACGUGAACAUGUGGCAAAAAGACAAUUUGGAUAUCGCUCCUAUUCAACCGGCUGCCUUAUGUUUCAGUCACACAAACGAAACGGUCAAAUCAUGUCAUUGUGAAGCUGGCUGUAAACGAAUGUGUGAUCGAGGGCCCAGACCACUUUCACAUAUCCUCAGCAGAUCUCAAACAUGUUGUGGUGAUUCAUUCAUUGGACAAAAGGAACAAUUAUCAUCCUCAGUCAGAGAAACUCAGACUAAGCUUUUCACAGCGAGUGCUAAUGAUACAACAUCAUCUUCAAAGGGUGUGAGAUCUCGAUUAUCUACAUGUAGACCACAGUUAAAACUCCAGAAACAUGAAAUGGACAUGAAACAUCUCAGGAAACUUGCUUUGCCAAAACAUGUACCUCCACCACCCGGAAAAAUGGUACCUAAGAAUCGAGGUUGGUUACGUUCAACUCCAGUCUAUCGUGGACCAGCGCAAAGUUCUUUAGUGCCAAAAUUGACGUUGACUCAUUUUUUGCGUGUGCAAAAGAAUAAGUCAUCCAUAGUUCAGUGUGUACCUUCAGCAGAUAAAGAACAGAAAACCUCUCAUAAUAGAACCAUUCAUUCACAACGUCAAAGCCUGUUGGAUGAAAAUGAUAAACCUGUACGUAAAUUGCAUCAGAACGUAGGCAAAGUGGAGGAUAUGAAACAAACUCACCCCAAAAGCUCAGUUCGACAUCCAGAUUUAACGGAUGUGGAUGAAGUUGCAUCUAACUUAUCACCACCAGAGGAUUCUGCAUCAAGUGAUGAGUGCGUGACCAACAGCAGAAGAAGUGAAAAUGAAGGUGAUAUUUAUCAUAUCAGUAACAAUGACGUUUUAACGGUUGACCUUGUCCCAAGUAACUUAAAACAGUCGAAAUUGGCUAACUCUCAGAAUGAAAGUUCAGUGAUAAAAGAGUCAAAAUGUAGCACUAAUGCCUGUGAAGAAUAUAUAACGUCAUCGUCAUCAUCAUCGGCAGAAAAUUUACAAAGCGAAGAUUUUUUGUUAAUGCAACCGAAACAGUCGAAUUUAUCCCCACAAAUUUCAAAAGCAAAUAGUCAUAUUCUGCAGAAGUGUAGAGAACAAACAAGACAAUUAAAUAAAACUGUGGAGAUAAAUCAGUACAAUGAUUAUGAUGGCGAAGCAGACGAUGGUGGUUGUAGCUCAAAAGAUCGUGUUGACAAUUUGAAUGAAAGUUCCAUUGAAAAUUCACAAAUUUCCACGAAUACAACGAAUAAUAGAAAUGUUGGAUAUAAUGACGAUGAUAUCGGUAAUGAAGUUGAUCUCAUUUCGUAUUCAGAUGAUUAUGAGGAUUCGCAAGAUACGGAAACAAUAUCAGCUGAAUUGGGGGAUCUUCUCUCUCCUGAUCUAAUGCAGUCCAAAUAUGAAGAUAAUAGUAAGCAAAAGCUUGAAAGUAUUUCAUUGGACGGUACUACCCGAAUGACAAGUUUUACCAAAGUAACAGCCCCUCUAGACAGUCGUCUAAUUCACGGAGGUUUCGGAGGAACAGCAGAGGAGUUACUUAUUGAUACCAAUGCCAUCCCAACAACAUCUGGUACAGACAAUGUCGAUUUAAAUGAUGAUGAUGAAGUUUCUCAUAAUGUAAUCAGGUUAUCACCCACCACGGUUACUGAGUUUCCACAGAGUAAUUCAAACUUAGUUGAAGACCUUGGUAUAGAAGCUAUGCGUUCACGUAAUCCAAAGGAUUAUAUUCUUGGUGGUACAGUUGCAGCAUGAAACGCGUUUUUUUAAAGAUGAUUUUGUAAAGAUUUUCCCUUAGUGGAACACACACUGAAACUAAACGGUAAACAUCAGUUUGUCCAAUUGGUAGUGAACGUAAACAUUUAUUGCAUCAUAGGUACUGAUUAACUACUGUAAUUUUCAGAUAUUCUCAAUUUCCGGUAUUAUAUUUUCUGUUUUGAUUUCCAUGUAAGUAUAUAUAUAUAUAGUUCCUAAUGUUCAGCAAUGGAAUAGAUUGAUUGUUGAUUUGGUAUUUAUUAAUAUACAGGGACGCGGUUCUAAUUUCAAGCUGGUGUCGUGAAGAAGCAUAGGCUUCUGAUUUCAAUGUAGAGAUAUGAUGUGACUGAAAGUAUUUGGAUUAGUAUUUGUUCAAGUCAAUUUCGAUUUCCCCCUUGACUGAUUGUUACCAAACGUUCGGCAUCUGUUGACAUAUCAGCUUCUAAUACGGGCACUUCAACAAUGUCUGAGGAUUAACUUGAACUAAUUUGGUGGAUGGGUACUGGAUGUUAGUCUCGGUGAGGGGACCAUCACUCACAGGUACGCAGGUACAUACACUGACGAGUCCCAAAGAGGGUGAAAUUUUCAUCUUAGAUUCCACUGUUAGUCACCACCCACCAAAUUAUUUUGAUUGGUCUUCAUGAUGAAUCACGUGAAUAUGUGCCGAAAUCUGAGAGAACAAAUCGUUGAAAUUGUUAUUGUGCUGCAUGCUGCUGAAAUUGCAAUAAACUCAAGUGAAUAUCUUCUUACAGACCAUCAAUAUGACAUUCAGUUUGGUGCAACUGUUGACGUUUUGGUUGUUCGUUAAAAAGCCGAAAUUCCAGUACGAAAUUCUUGAUGGUUAUUCUCUAACUAGAUACU